UGUAAUUCCAACCUUUGUUCCAUAUGUCUGUCAUUUAUAACUUGAAACAAAAUUCAAAUUAAUUGUUGGAAUCUUUCGUUGCUCAAAUUUUAAAACAAAAUUCACGAGUUAAGCAAAAUUCUCUAGUUAUGGCGAAUUUGGAGGACUCGAUGAAACCGGAGAUGAGCAAAAAUCCGGAUAACACACCCACGGUUUCCACCGGCACCACACCGGAUGACACUUGGUGUCUCAUCGAGAGCGAUCCGGGUGUAUUCACCGAACUGAUACGCGGCUUUGGCUGCACCGGUGCCCAGGUGGAAGAGAUCUGGACACUGGAUGCCCAUGCCUUCCAUCUGCUGGAGCCCAUACAUGGCCUAAUCUUUCUGUUCAAGUGGGUGCAAGACGAUAAGCCGGACGGACGGGUGGUUAGGAAUUGCAAGGACGUGUUCUUUGCCCGCCAGGUAAUCACGAAUGCCUGCGCCACCCAGGCCCUGCUCGGCAUCCUGCUUAAUCUCCAGCACACGGACAUUGAUCUGGGCGAGACGUUGACUACGUUCAAGAACUUUUGCCAGAGCCUGGAUCCGGAAACCCGUGGCAUUUGCCUGGGCAAUGAGGAAAAGAUUCGAGCGGUGCACAAUUCCUUUGCCCGUCCUGUGCACUUUGAGGUGGAAUUGCCGCAGCUUCCGUCGGAUGAGGAUGUCUAUCACUUUGUGGGCUAUAUGCCGAUCAAUGGACGUCUCUAUGAGCUGGACGGUCUGCAUGAGGGUCCCAUCGAUCUGGCCGAAAUAAAGAGGGGCCAGAACUGGCUGGAUGUGGUCCGUCCCAUUAUCGAGGCCCGAAUGCAACGCUACAGCGUCGGUGAGAUUCAUUUCAAUCUAAUGGCCGUGGUAUCGGAUCGCCAGCGUUGCUACGAGCGUCAAAUCCAAUUGCUUGUCCAUCAGCCAUCGCCAACGCUGAGUCUCGCCGAGAGGCAGGCGGAGAUUGCCAACCUAAGGACCUAUGUCAAGUUCGAGAUGGAGAAGAAGCGACGCUACCGACAGGAGAAUCAGCGUCGUCGCCACAACUAUCUGCCCUUCAUUAUGGAGUUGCUGAAGCAGCUGGGCGAGACGAAGCAAUUGAUGCCCAUCUACGAGAAGGCCAAGCAAAGGGCCAUUCAGUACCAGCUGCAGCAGGAUCUGUCCCAGUUUGGCCAAUAUCACUGAUCGAUCUCCAGGUUAUGUGCCCUAAUUUUCAAUAUGAAACAAUAACCCAUUCGGCCUGGAAAUUACCAGAAACUUGGUCUAAAUUAUACAUUGAAAUAUGGCUCGUAUUGAGCUUAUCAAAUUAAAUCUAAAAAGGUUUAUUGACCCCGUACAUAACACCUUUAAAAGGCUUAAAUAAACAGGGCUUAUCAGCACUUUUCUGGAUUAUAUUAUAGUUCCCUGCACAACAA